CGGAUGAAAAGAGGACAAAGUUUUAGUGCCCUUAUCCUUCUAUCCUCAGUCCUUAGAGCAGUUGCUUCUCUCUUCUCCUACAGCCCAACUCAAAAGCCUUAGACAGCACAGCAGAACACAAACAGGAAUCCGGCGAUCCGGAAUGGGUAUGGCAAGUACAACUACAACUAUGACUAUGACUACGAGAUUACAGUUUCCUGGUGCUGUCAAUCAUAGUCACAGUUCAUUUUUGGGAGUUUCCCUGAGCCCGAGGCUGCCAUGUCCACACCCAUCCUUACCCUCGAUCCUCCUCAAUGUUCAAGCCAAAGCGCGCACCAGAAGAGAAGACUGUCAGGCCCGCCAUUCUCGCAUUAGGAAGAAGGUUGAAGGGACACCAGAUAGACCGCGACUGUGUGUCUUCCGCUCCAACAAGCAUCUCUAUGUCCAAGUCAUUGAUGACUCAAAGAUGCACACACUUGCUUCUGCUUCAACAAUGCAGAAACCAAUUUGCGAGGAGUUCGACUACUCAUCUGGUCCCACCAUUGAAGUGGCAAAGAAGAUUGGUGAAUGCAUUGCAAAAUCCUGUUUGGAACAAGGGAUCACAAAGGUGGCCUUUGACAGAGGUGGAUAUCCAUAUCAUGGACGCAUAGAAGCCCUCGCUGAUUCUGCUAGGGAGCAUGGCCUUCAAUUUUAAACUUUCAGUAGUUACUUUUCUCUUGAACUUUGUUCUUUUUAUUCUCUUUUUAAAAUUUUUUUUUAUUAGAGGGCUUGAAGAAUGCUUUAUCUUGUUAUUGUUACAUAUAUUUGAAGAAUGUCGACUUUCAUUUAUUAUGAA